AUGGAGCUCAGCAAGGCACACCAUCCACUGCAGCUUAUCUCAAGUCUAGACCCCGCAGCUAUUCCGAUCCGUGACGUCACGUCGCGUCCCACAUCUCGUUCAGCUCGUCCGCCCGCCGGAGAUGCUGAACUCUCGAGCAAGGCACUCGAGGACGUCUGGUUGAUACACACAACCGCACUUGUUGACUUUCCCGCGCAAAUAUGGUUGCGUGCAAAACAAGGGCAUACAGAGAAAGUGAGCGCCGAUCAUGACAGAGGCACGCAAGACCUUCACAAUGGAAACUUUGCGCCCGUCCAUCGACAAUUCCGUCUCACAGCAUGCUCAUAUUCCGGUAUCCUCCCAGUGGAGCUUCAUGGCGGCCAGUACGUACGAAAUGGCGGAAAUCCCAGCUUUGGAAACCAACCUCUGGAAGAUGUACAUAUGUUUGACGGCGAUGGGAUGCUGAGUGGCAUCUGGUUUCGGACGACAAAUCAGACCAAGAAAGUUGAUCCUUGCUUCGUGAAUCGAUACAUCUUAACCGAUCUAUACCUCGGCGCAAAGUCAAUGCCAUAUCUCAGGGCUCCAAUCUUGCCCAGUAUCGCCACCUUGGCGCAUCCGCUAAGGUCCACGAUUUCAACGUUCUUCAGGCUGUGUCGUUUUCUGGCACUGAUAGCUUGGUCGUUUAUCAGUCCUGAUGCGCACCCUGUCCGGAAGGUCAGUGUGGCGAACACGGCCAUUCUCUAUCAUGACAAGCGAGCGUUGGCGACGUGUCAGACCGGCCCGCCCAUGAGGGUUCAACUGCCAGGACUGGAUACAAUCGGUUGGUUCAAUGGACACUCGGCAGUCAACGAGAAGAAGUCCUACGCAGUGGAGCAGGACGCUUUUGGCUGUAACGGGCCACUGGGUUUUUUGAGAGAUUGGACGACUGCGCAUCCUCACGUGGAUCCAGCUACAGGAGACCUCAUCUCCUUCCAAGCCUCCUUUCUGCCACCAUUUGUCUGGUACACCCUUAUCCCCAGAUCCGAUGCGAGUCAAACUCGGUCUUCCGUACUCUAUGCGCCAGUUCCAGGAGUGUCCAUCCCGAAAUUGAUGCAUGACUUUGGAGUCUCACAGCAUCAUACCGUGAUUUUGGAUCUCCCAGUUACGCUCGAUCCGAUGAACAUGUUGCGAGGACGACCAAUUAUCCACUAUGACCGAGACUCGCCAUCGCGCUUCGGCAUCUUUCCGCGCCGGCACCCGGAACAGGUUCGCUGGUUCCAGACGGACCCCUGCUAUAUUUUCCACACCGCAACCACGUGGGAUGAGCCCGCAGUCAGCUCAUCGAAUUCGCAUAAUUCGAACAUUCAGGCCGUGAGUAUGGUCGUCUGUCGAUACACCAACGGCAACAUGUUGCACUCAAUGGGUGCCAUCGAACCCACCAAUGCCGAGCUGAGCGACAGCAAGCUUUAUUACUAUCGGUUCUUACUCUCAGAUCAACAUCAAAAUGUCAUAACGCACCAAUGGGCGCUGUCCACAAUUCCGAUCGAAAUGCCCGUCAUCUCAGCCGCUGUCCAAGGUAAAGGUGCCCGUUUCGUUUACGGCUGCUCCUCGCGCGACGCGAUUUUCGGCGCUAAGACAGGCGAGCCGAUGAAAGUGGACUGUUUGGUCAAAGUCGACAUUCACACCUUGAUCAAGCGGGGGGUGAAAGAAAGCCCUCGGCCGAUCGAGGGCUGCGUCGACACCCGAAGCAUGGAAGAAGUGCUAUCGAGCCAAGACGCAGAAGAUCCGAUUCAAAUCUUCCAAGCUCCAGUGGGUUGGUACGCGCAAGAACCGCAGUUUGUCCCGCGCAACGACGCACGGUCCGAGGACGAUGGGUACCUUCUGACCUUGAUGUUCGACGAGUCUCAACUGGAUGCGAAUGGGCAAGCCGAUGAAAACUCAAAGAGUGAACUGUGGAUUAUCGACGCGCGGGACAUGACCAGCGUAGUGGGGAAGGUGACCCUCCCUCAGCGAGUGCCAUAUGGAUUUCAUGGUCACUGGUUUAGUCAGGAGCAAAUAGAAGCGCAGAGGCCUUAUGCGCGGGUGCGCACGGAGAUGACAGAGUGA